ACGUCCACACUACGCGGAUUUUCUCGAAAACAUCAGCACAAACCCGAGCCGGUUAUUGCUUUAAAAAUGACAAAUAAGUCGAACGAUGUCACGACUAAUUGGCAAUAUAAUGGGAGUGACGCUGGCGAGGACGCCGGCGAAUGCCGACGUGAAAAAUGGGCCAACAAGACCGAGUUUGUGCUGUCGUCCUUGGGCUACGCUAUCGGAAUUGGAAAUGUAUGGAGAUUUCCGUAUUUGUGCUAUCGGAGCGGAGGUGGGGCUUUCCUGGUACCGUACUUAAUAAUGCUGUUUUUCUGUGGAAUACCCCUGUACUUUCUGGAAACUAGUUUGGGUCAGUUUUCCAGCAGUGGAUGUAUUACUGUUUUCAAAAUAGCUCCAUUAUUCAAAGGUGCCGGAAUUGCCAUGAUAGUAAUCAACAUUAUAGUAACGACGUACUUCGUAACACUCUAUGCAUAUCCGCUCUUAUUUCUGUACUAUUGUUUCCAAUCCACCUUACCUUGGUCGAGAUGUGACAACUCCUGGAACACUCCAAGCUGCAUUCAGUUAGAUUUGACGCAACAUAUGCUAGGAAACCAGACAAAAAUGGAUUUAUCCAAUUUAGUUGGAGUCAAAACUUCAGCGGAUGAGUUCUUCAACCGAGAAAUUCUUCGCAUAUCGGACAACAUCGAUGAGAUAAACGAGAUCGUUUGGCCUCUAUUCACAUGCAACACCCUAGCUUGGAUAGCCACUUACUUAUGUAUGAGCAAUGGCGUCAAAUCGAUCGGAAAAGCUGUCUAUUUCACUGCGACCUUUCCAUUUUUGAUUCUCUUCGUGCUGCUGGUGAGAGGUCUCACCCUGCCCGGCGCCAUGAAAGGCAUCUACUUCUAUAUUUACCCGCAGUGGGACCAGCUGACAAAUUUUAAGAUUUGGUGUGACGCAGCUGUACAAUUAUUUUUCUCCCUGGGUCCAGGAUGGGGUGGAAUAAUAAAUAUGGCAAGUUACAACAAUUUCCACAACAAUAACAAACUUGACUCCAUAAUAAUUCCAAUAUGCAACAGUGGCACGAGCAUAGUGGCCGGAUUUGUCGUCUUCUCCGUUUUGGGCUAUAUGUCGCACAAGACCGGAAUUCCGGUUUCGUCGGUGGCUACCGGAGGCCCGGGGCUGGCGUUCGUCACCUACCCGGAAGCAAUCAGCUUACUGCCUUGGUCCAAUUUGUGGGCGGUUUUGUUUUUCCUUAUGAUUUUCUUUCUCGGGCUUAGCAGCGUGUUUGUGUCUACAGAAGCUGUUAUUACUAGCAUAACUGAUGAAUUUCCAAUAUUAAGGAAAUAUAAGUUGUUUAUAGGAUUUUUCUUGUGUAUCGCUAUGUGGGCUGGAUCUACAUUAUUUACUACUGAUAGCGGAAUAUAUUGGUUAUCCCUACUAGAUUGGUAUUCCGCAUCAGUUACUAUAAUAUUGAUCUCAAUAGUUGAAGUUAUUGUAAUAGGAUGGACCUAUGGCGUCACAAACUUCGUUAGUGAUAUAGAAUUUAUGGUUAAAGAAAAAGUAUCAUGGUUCUGGAUUGUCAGUUGGAAAGUGACUACCCCACUUAUCCUAAUUGCUAUGUUUAUAAUAACUAUUUCUUAUAACACGAGAAUAUCAUAUAACGGCAAAGAGUAUCCGGACUGGGUAGUUAGUAUUGGAUGGACAUCGUGUUUUGCUUCUAUGGCCUGGAUUCCGAUUUGUAUGGGUUACCAUUUGCUAUACAAAGAAGACGGAGAUCUAAUUGAGAGGAUAGGGGAAUCUAUAACGCCUAGUCUAGAAUGGGGACCUGCUGACGAGAGAAUUAGAGUACAUUGGCUAAAAAAUGUUGUAUUUAAAAGAGCGGAAGAAACCUCCCUAGUCGAAAUUGAUCCAAUUCAUCAACAGUUCAUCGAAUUGACAACUACAGUCUGAUACAGCAUUAGAAAUAAGACUAGACUGCUGAAAAUAAAUAAGCUCUUAUAUUAACUUCAAUACUUAGGCUAAGCGCUGACAUGCAAUUUCGAGUCGGGCGAUUAUUAUAUCUGCCAACUAGGCAUCUCCGCUUCCUUAUGCCGGGACCACACCAAACUGUGCAAACCAGGCGACCUGUGAUGCUGGAUGCCGGCAAAAGUCAGGUUGCUAAAAUAAUUAAAAAGUUGCGGCAACCAAAACCCAGCGACACGACUUGCUCUGCUCGAAAUGCUUACAGCCGAAUGUCGGUAAAAAACGAAUAUUGAGCAACCGGUAGAGAGCAAUUUUCUGCUAUCCACUUUUCUUAAACUUAUAAAAAUCAGAAAGACAUAUAUUAAAAAAAACACUUCUUAGCUUAGAUAUAUUUAGUAGAAGAUAUAAUAAUUUUCUAUUUGAGAUUAAAAUUGGUUCCGGUGCAAAUAAGUUAAAACCUUAGUUAAAAAUAUAUGUUACAAGUUAUUUGGAUGUUGGAUGGCUAUAGUUACACACCGACUGUUUGAUCAUAAUAUAAUAUGUGUGCGUAUCUCCAUAAGAAAUUAUUUGUUUAAAUUCUGCAACUAAACAAUUGGCCGACUAGAAAUUGUAGGUUUGACCUACCACCUAGACUUACAUUUCCGACAUUAUAUUUUUACCAAAAAUGAAAAAGAUACCACUUAACUUAAUAUGUCUAUGCAAAAUAACUGAACAAUAUUUAGU